AGACUCCAACCCGAUCUCUGUUUGUUGUUUAUCUCUUUGGACAUCACUUUAGUUGUUCCCAAUUAUGUGUUGACAAUUGUAAAGCGUCGACAGGCGAGCAAAUGGUUCAAUUCGCCGACCGAUGCCUUCCUCAGCCCCUGUACUCAGAAGCUAAUGAAACCCAAACACGACAACCAACAGGUGAUCCAACCGUUGGACUUGGAUGACGACCGUAAGCACCAGUCGGUGGUGUUGGGCGCUCAGGGGGUCAUCGAUACCGAGAAUGCCAUGCAUUAGACCAAACAGCUGUCACUCCACUCCCUGUCCACCAAAGCAUGCCAUCGGAUGGUCUGUCACUCAUCACUGGAUUUAAUGCUUUCAUUAAUUAUUAUUUGUUUUUUUUAAUUCAGUGCUGUUUUUAAUGUGUGUUUUUAUUAUGAUUUUUAAUGAUUUUUAUAUUUAAUUUGAGAGUUAUUUGAUUACUAUUUUUAUGUGUCAUUUGUUUGUGUUUUUCUCAUUGAUUUUUAUCACAAUUAUUAUUAUUUGUCGUUUAAUUAAUUAUAUAUGAAUUACAAUCGGAUUAAUAUUUCUUAUAAACACGACUUUUGUAAUAUAAUCUAUAUUAUAACUCUUGGGACCAGUUUAGCGAUUAUCUUAAUCCUCGGCCACCAAAUUCAAUGCCACUGUAUUUGGCAUUUGAUUCAAUUGUAUUAUAAUUUUUAAUUAACUAUUUUUAUAAUCAAUUUUAAUUCCGUCCGAAAUCUAUGCCAAAAAUAUAUAUAAUUAUAAAAAGUUAUCGCAAUUUGUAUUUUUCAAAAGGCAUUUAUAAUUUUAUUCAUUCAAAGCGAUUAAAUAAAUACCAUUUCAUUCAGA